CAGCUGUAAACUUGGAGUCCGAUCACUCCAUCCUUUCUUCCGUCUUCUCCUCAAAAUUCUGUCUGCGUUCUCUGAGAGAAGGCAAAAGACGAAGAAAGACAACCUUGUUGAACACAAGCUUCCAUGUCGGAGGUUCUCGCUUCCUUGAGGUCUCUCAUGGCCUCUCACUCCCCUCCUCUCGACGCCUUGGUCGUCCCUUCCGAGGACUAUCACCAGAGCGAGUAUGUUUCUGCUCGAGAUAAGAGGCGGGAGUUCGUGUCGGGAUUCACUGGAAGUGCAGGUUUGGCGCUUAUUACGAAGAACGAAGCAUUGCUGUGGACCGAUGGACGCUACUUCUUGCAAGCAACGGAACAGCUCAGCGAUGAGUGGAGGCUUAUGCGAAUGGGAGAGGAUCCUGUUGUUGAAGCUUGGAUGGCAGAUCAUCUGCCCUGCGAAGCAAGCGUUGGUGUUGAUCCCUGGUGUGUUUCGGUGGACACUGCGAAGAAAUGGGAGCAAGCAUUUUGCAAAAGGAAACAGAAGCUGAUCCCGACUUCCACCGAUUUGGUAGACCAAGUGUGGAAUGAUCGUCCACCUGCGGAGAUAAACCCACUUGUUCGUCACCCCAUUGAAUUUACUGGCCUUUCUGUUGUGGAGAAGUUGAAGGAAUUGAGGGUCAAGAUCCAAUCGAAAAAGGCCCGUGCUCUGAUCAUCACUGCCCUUGAUGAGGUUGCUUGGUUGUACAAUAUCCGUGGAACUGAUGUGGCCUAUUGUCCUGUUGUUCAUGCGUUUGCCAUAGUUACUUUUGACUCCACGUUCCUUUACGUGGAUAAAAAGAAAUUAUCCGAUGAGGCAAAUGCAUACUUACAAGCACUUAAAAUUGAAGUUCGGGAGUAUUCAGAUGUCAUCUCAGAUGUCGGCUUGCUUGCUGCCAAUCAACUUGGAUCAUCAUUUGGAAAGGAUCCAGGGUUCUACAAUGAAUUUGAAAAUGGUGAACCUAACAAAGUUGAACGGAUAUGGGUGGACCCUGCUUCGUGCUGCUUUGCUCUUUAUUCCAAAUUGGACCCUGAUUUGGUCCUUUUGCAACCAUCUCCCAUAUCCCUUGCAAAAUCCCUGAAGAACCCUGUUGAACUGGAAGGGCUUAAGAAGGCGCAUAUUCGGGAUGGUGCAGCUGUUGUUCAGUUUCUUGCUUGGUUGGAUAAGCAGAUGCAAGACCUGUAUGGGGCUUCUGGAUACUUCUUGGAAGGAGAGGCAAAGAAAAACAUACCUUUGGGAACCGAAAAGCUAACUGAAGUGUCUGUGAGUGAUAAGCUUGAAAGUUUCCGAGCCUCAAAAGAGCAUUUCAGAGGUUUAAGUUUUCCAACUAUUUCAUCAGUUGGUCAAAAUGCCGCAAUUAUCCAUUAUUCACCGGAGCCAGAAACAUGUGCCGAGUUAGACCCCAACAAAAUUUACUUGUGUGAUUCAGGAGCCCAGUAUCUCGACGGAACAACUGAUAUCACCCGAACUGUUCACUUUGGGAAGCCUUCAGCUCAUGAGAAAGAUUGCUACACUGCUGUCCUGAAGGGUCAUGUUGGACUUGGAAAUGCUCGGUUUCCAAAGGGCACAAACGGUUAUACACUUGAUAUACUUGCUCGAGUUAAUUUGUGGGACUGCGGCCUUGAUUAUCGACAUGGAACUGGUCAUGGGGUCGGCUCCUACCUAUUUGUUCAUGAAGGUCCACAACAGAUCAGUUUCAGACCAAGUGCUAGGAACGUACCUCUCCAAGCUUCCAUGACUGUAACAGACGAACCGGGUUACUACGAGGAUGGGAACUUUGGAGUGAGGUUGGAGAAUGUUCUUGUUGUCAAAGAUGCUGAAACCAAAUUCAAUUUUGGGGACAAGGGCUACUUGGAAUUCGAGCAUAUCACUUGGGCACCGUAUCAGGUGAAGCUGAUCAACCUAAACAAGUUGACAGGGGAAGAGAUUGGUUGGCUGAACGCAUACCAUUCAAAAUGCAGGGAGGUAUUGGCUCCGUUGAUGAACCAAACCGAAAUGGAAUGGCUCAUGAAAGCUACGGAACCUGUAAGUGCUUGAUGACCUUUCCAAUCGCACGCUUAUUCUCUGUUAUAUCUAAACUCAAGCACAUCCACAUAAAACAGACCCCUCCCUCAUGUAUUCUGAAAUAAUAAAAGAAGAAGAAAGAAGCGUAUUGGCACAUUGCUUGUUCAACAUUA